AUGGUUGUUGCUAAACAAACUACAGAAAAAAAAGUUGUUAAAAAGGCAGUUGCACCAGCCUCAAACACUACUACUGCCAAAUCAACAGCAGUCGCAGCUAAAAAAGUUUCAAAACCAGCUGCUGCUAAACCAAUUUCAAAACCAGUUGUUCAAGAAGUAGAGGAAGUUGAAAACAAACAAGUAAACAAUCAUAUGAAACCAAUUGUUCCACCACAUUCAAUUAAAAUUAAUUAUCAUAAAAAAUCAAUUAAAGCUACAAUCACUCUUCACAAAAUUCCAGAAAAAUUCAUUAGUUUAGAAACUAAACCAAAAAGAUUCCAUUUAGAUACAUUAAAACACACCAAAAAAUAUCUUUUAGAUGUUGAAUACCCAGAAAAUGUUACUGUUGAUGAUACUAAAACUGAAUGUUCAUUUGAUGGCAACACUUUAACUGUUUUCAUCCCAAUCGUUAGCAAAUUACCACAACAACCAAACCAAAAAGAAAACACAAAUAAAAAGAGAAAGGUCGAUAACGAAGAAAAAGAAGAAGAAAAAGAAAAACCAAAACAAAAUAAAAAACAAAUCAAAAAACAAAAAGUAGAACAACAACCAAUCGUUCAAAAAGAAAUUGAAACUCAAGAAGAACAACAAGACGAAGAAGCUGUUGAAGAAGAAGAGGAAAAAACUACCACCACCACCACUCAAAAGAAAAAGAAAUUUAUUAAUGAUGAAUCAGCUUUAAAUAUUAUGAACGAAAUUUCAGAAAAUCAAGAAAAGAAAGCAAAUCAAAAAAUUGUAAAUGAAAAGAAAAAGAACCAACAAUUUGAAUCAAAAGCAGAAGAAAAACAAAGCAAAAAACAAACUGCAGUUAAUAGAAAAGAAAAUGUAUUAAAAAAACUUAAGGGCAAUGAAGAAAAAGUCGAAGAGCCAGCUGUUGUUGCCACUACUACCACCACUACUGAAAAACCAACCACCAAAAAAUCAGCCAAAAAACCAGCUGCCGUUGCUGCAUCUGUUUCACCAAAGAAGGUUUCAUUCGGUGAAAAAGUCGAUAUCAAAACUAUUCCAAAAGUUGGAAAAGGUUUAAAACUUAAUUAA